AUGGGUACUGUUGAGGCCGAGAGGCUCUCAGAUCUAAAUUCGACUUGUGGGGGCAAGGCGCCAAAGGUGCAUCUGGGAUCUGGCAAGCUCCCUUGGGCAAGCUCCAUUGGGGAGACGUCUCUAUGGGCGAGCUCCACUAAAAAGGUUCUACAUUGGGCGAGCUCUAUUAAGAAGGGUCCACCACGGGAGAGCUCUACUGAGGAAGGUGCCCCGCAAACAAGCCCUACUGAGGAGGGUCCACUACAGACGAUCUCUAUUGGGCGAGAUGGCAUGGUGAGCGUCAAUGCUUGGGCGUCUAGAGAUGAGUCGUGCAGCGGUGUUGGUGGCGCUGGGCGCCUCAUCCCAGGGCUGGGCACUGAGUCCAAGACAACCCGGGUGUACAUCAAGGCAG